CAGCAGACAUGGACACUACCUCUCUUCUCGUCGUCCUUUCGCUGAUUCUUCUCGGGUAUCUCUACCUCAGAAGGAGGAAGCUCUACGCCAACCUUCCCCCAGGACCCUGGAGUGUACCCAUUCUCGGAAGUCUGCCUUUCUUAGGUAAAGACCUCCGAAUGGAGGCGAUGCGGAUGUCCAAGGAAUUCAACUCCGACCUCAUUACGAUCAGUCUGGGACAACAACUCUGCAUACUACUUAAUUCGUUCGAUUCGAUAAAGGCGGCGCUGUCAGGCGAGGAUUUCUUGGACAGACCCAACAUCGUCUUCUUCCUGUAUCUCAACAAAAAAGGUAUUGGCAGCGCUAAUGGCCAACUAUGGAAAGAACAUCGCCGGCUCUCGCUCUCGGUGCUACGAGAUAUGGGCAUGGGCAAGAUGGCCGCCGAAGAGAAAAUCGAAGAGGAAAUCCAUCAACUCAUCGACGAAAUUGGGAAGAAGGGAGGCAGGAGUUUCGAGAUCGGUCCAUUACUAAGCAUGGCGACUGCAAACAUAAUCUUGGCGAUUUUGGCUGGCCAGAGGUAUGACUAUGAGGAUCCGGAAGUUCUAUAUUUCGUCACGCGAUUCAAAGAAAACCUCACUCUGAUGCCGAGCGAAUCCUUGCUGAGUAUAUUUCCGUCAUUGCGCCACAUACCGGGAGACCUCUUCAACUAUGCCACGAUCAAGAAGAACGUUCGGGCCAUGCAGGGCUUUGCGGUGAAACACAUCAACGAGCACAAGAAGCGCUUUGAUCCUGAUAAUAUUGCUGAUUUCCUCGAUGCCUACAUUGCUGAGAAAGAAAAGCAGGACAAAGAAGGAUCCAAACAACACAUUUACAGAUGAGCAACUGAAGAAUGUUAUCUUCGAACUCUUCGGGGCCGGAAGCGACACUACCGCCACCACUCUAGAAUGGGCGAUACUACUCAUGGUCACUCAUCCUGAAAUACAGCGGAAGAUCCAAUCAGAAAUCGACGAUGCCAUCGGAGACGAACGAUUCCCGACCAUGAAAGACCGCCGAAGUCUUCCUUUCACCGAAGCCGCUGUGCUCGAAAUACAACGUUUCGCCACAAUUUUGGGCUUCGGUCUUCCGCACUGCAACCUGUUCCGAGAUGUAUCGUUCCAGAAUUUCACAAUCCCCAAAGGCACCAUAAUGAUGCCAAAUAUCUGGGCCGUACACAGGGACCCGAAGAUUUGGAAGAACCCUGAUGCUUUCGAUCCCAGCAACUUCCUGGAUGACAAAGGUGGAGUUGUUCACAAACCCGAACUCAUACCUUUUGCUAUCGGUCGGCGUCAAUGCCCAGGCGAAGGACUUUCGAAAAUGGAGAUAUUUCUCGUCUUGGUGGCGCUUCUUCAGAGGUUUACGUUUACGAAACCAGAGGGCGCUGCACCUCCAAGUCUUGAAGGGGUGUUCGGUGUGACGAACGUGCCAGCCCCAUUUGAGAUGUGCGUGAGGCCGAGAUCGACGGGCUAACCAUUGACUCUCAGAGUGAUGGGCGAUCGUAUAAUGAAGAUGCCGCGUGAUUUUUUAGUCACACUGUAUACUUUUCAGAAUAAAGCUGAUAGUGAUUUUCGAAAUAAAAGAUAGUUUGCAGGGUGAUUGAUAUAUAAUAUACAUGUAUAUACUAUAAAAACCAAGUUUUAGCAAAUUCGUAUGCAUAGCCUAAUA